CCGAAUGCGCACAUGACCCGGACGUGUCGCUCCAGUGUCACCUUGUCCCGGCUGCUGCAGGUGGACAGUCCGGCCCACUGACACAGGCAGGCAGGUAACAGAAAUCGGACCGGCAAUAAACCGGCUCAAACAUGACGGAAGGAAGGGCCAAGACAUCCCCGAAGGCCAUCAAAUUCCUCUUCGGAGGCUUGGCCGGGAUGGGUGCCACCGUGUUUGUACAGCCACUGGACCUAGUCAAAAACCGCAUGCAGCUCAGCGGUCAGGGUACAAAGGCCAAAGAGUAUAAGACCAGCUUCCACGCGUUGGGCUCCAUUUUGAAGAAUGAGGGCGUCAGCGGCAUUUACACGGGUUUGUCUGCAGGUCUGCUGCGUCAGGCUACCUACACAACCACCCGUCUCGGCAUCUACACUAUUUUGUUUGAGAAGAUGACAUCGGCAGAUGGACGCCCGCCCAACUUCUUCCUUAAGGCUCUGAUCGGCAUGACAGCCGGAGCCACGGGAGCCUUUGUCGGCACGCCGGCCGAAGUGGCGCUCAUCAGGAUGACAGCGGACGGGCGACUUCCUGCAGACCAGCGUCGUGGCUACACCAAUGUCUUUAAUGCCCUGGCUCGAAUCACGCGUGAGGAGGGCGUCACAACGAUGUGGAGGGGGUGUAUUCCAACCAUGGCGCGAGCGGUAGUGGUAAACGCCGCCCAGUUGGCGUCUUACUCACAGUCCAAACAGGCGCUGCUGGACUCCGGUUACUUCGGGGACGACAUCUUGUGUCAUUUCUGUGCCAGUAUGAUUAGUGGUCUGGUAACCACAGCGGCCUCUAUGCCCGUUGACAUUGUCAAGACCAGAAUUCAGAACAUGAGGAUGAUUGACGGCAAGCCAGAGUACAAGAACGGGCUGGAAGUGUUGAUGCGCGUGGUCGGCAAGGAGGGCUUCUUCUCUCUCUGGAAAGGUUUCACACCGUACUAUGCUCGCCUCGGACCGCACACCGUCCUCACCUUCAUCUUUCUGGAGCAGAUGAACCGCCUUUACAAGACCUAUGUACUGGAGCGCUAAUGUCUUACCGCUUCCUGUCCUUUUGUAAAAAAACAACAGAGUAACGCAUUUAGUCCGUUAAGAGCUGCACAAGACACACCCAACAGCUGUAACCAUGGUUAUGCUUCAUGAUGACGAUGGUGAAUAAAGUUGGAGACUGGGAUUGGA